AUGUUUGGGAAAAGGAGAUUAAUAGAUUUACAAGAACCAAAAAAGAAAAAAAAAUGGAAGGAAGAAUUACAUGAUGAUUUAGAAGAUAUUGAUUUAGAAUGUUUAAAAUAUAUAGAAGAAGAAGAAAAUGAAGAUGUUGAUAAUAAUACUAUUACUAAUAAUAAUGAUGAUGGUAUAAAUGAAUGUGAUAAUAAAGAAUCAUCUAUUUAUUCAGAUCUUUUAGAUGAAAAAAAUAAAAUAAAUAAACAUUUAAACGUAUCAAAUAAUAAGGAACUAAUAAAUAAUAUAAGUAAUGAUAAUCAAGGUGUGAAUAAGAAAAGACGAUAUGAUUGGAUGAGUAGUGAUGAUGAAGAUAUAACGAGUGAUGACGAUGAAGAAGUUUUAAUAAAGGAGGAUAUAAAAGAAAAUACAACAGAUAAAAUAAAAUGCGAUACAUCAAACAAUAUAAAAGAUAAAAUAUCGAAAGAUUUAGAACAAAACAUUUCUGAAUAUGAGCAUAUAAAUAAUAAUAUUUAUAACAAUAAUAAUCAUGAGGAUAAAAUUUUUAUUAAAGUGGAAAAUAAAAAUAAUAGUAUUAAUAAUAAUAAUAAUAAUACUUAUGAUAUAUUAAAUGAUAUCAAUAAAUUUUCCAUCAACCCAGUAGAUAUACAAAUGGAAGAUAUUGAACAUAUAAUAACAUAUAUAUAUUUCAAUAACAUACAUUUUAAUUGUACUAUUAAAAAUUUUGUUCAGUUCUUAGAGAAUAAUAUAAAUAAUAAAAUUAUACAAAUAAAUUCAGAUAAAUUAACUAACCAUACUAUAUUAUAUAAAUAUGAUGAAAAAAGUAAUGAUACCGUUAUAAUAGAUAAAUUUACUCAUCAUGGAAAAUUAUUUGUUCAUGUGAAAACAUAUGAAGAUGUUGUCAGGUUACUAAAAUUGAAUGAGACCAAUUUCAUGGGGAGAGUUAUAAAGUCUAUACAAGCAUAUAGGAAGAAUGAUAGAUUUUUCAUUUUGCAAGCUCCUUCACAAUACAAGUAUUUCAUUCAUUUGGCAGUUAAUGAAAAAAAUAAAAGAAAAAGAAAGGGAUGA